GCCGCCGCCGCCGCUCCCGAGGCCGCCCCGCUGCCGCCGCCGCGCAGAGCCCGAGCAGGACCCGCGGCCGAGGGGGAGGAGGAGGAGGAGGAGGCGGAGGAGGAGGAGGAGGAGGAGGCGCCGGACCAGGGGAUUGUCAGCAUUUGAACAGACCACAUCAUGCGUGAGUACAAGCUAGUGGUCCUUGGUUCAGGAGGCGUGGGGAAGUCUGCUUUGACAGUGCAGUUUGUCCAAGGAAUCUUUGUUGAAAAAUAUGACCCUACAAUAGAAGACUCCUACAGAAAGCAAGUUGAAGUUGAUUGCCAACAGUGUAUGCUUGAAAUCCUCGAUACAGCAGGGACAGAGCAAUUUACAGCAAUGAGAGAUCUGUAUAUGAAGAAUGGCCAAGGGUUUGCACUAGUAUAUUCUAUUACAGCUCAGUCCACGUUUAAUGACUUACAGGACUUGAGGGAACAGAUUCUGCGAGUUAAAGAUACAGAAGACGUUCCCAUGAUUUUGGUUGGCAAUAAAUGUGACCUGGAAGAUGAGCGAGUAGUUGGCAAAGAACAGGGUCAGAAUUUAGCAAGACAGUGGUGUAACUGUGCCUUUUUAGAAUCUUCUGCAAAGUCAAAGAUCAACGUUAACGAGAUAUUUUAUGACCUGGUCAGACAAAUAAAUAGAAAAACACCAGUGGAAAAGAAGAAACCUAAAAAGAAAUCCUGCCUGCUGCUUUAGACCCCACCAUGCAGCAGCUCUGAGCCAGAUUACAGGAAUGAAGAACUGUUGCCUAAUUGGAAAGUGCCAGCAUUCCAGACUUCAAAAAAAUACAUUAAUUAAUUAACAACAUACCUGAAGAGGCUUCUCCUGUUUUAUAUAUUAUGUGAAGAAUCUAGAUCUUAUAAUGGUUUGCACAAGUUCCCUGGAGAAAAAAAUUGCUCUGUGUUAUAUCUCUUGGAAAAAUAAGACAAUAGUAUUUCUCCUUUGCAAUAGCAGUUAUAACAGAUGUGAAAAUAAAUAUACUUGACUCUAAUAUGAUUAUACAAAAGAGCAUGGAUGCAUUUCAAAUGUUAGAUAUUGCUACUCUAAUUAAACGAUUUCAUAUUGACCUUUUUAUCAUAACCCCCCCAUCAAGCACUAAAAAGUUGAACCAUUAUACUUUAUAUCUAUAAUGAUAUAGAUAUAGAAUAUGAAAUUUCCCCACAAACUCACUGCAGCAAAUAACUUUUUUGAGUCAUUGACUUCAUUUUAUAUUUAAAAAUUAUGGAAUAUCAUUCUGCCAUUAUAUUCUAAUUAAAAUUGUUUGUGCAUAAUGCUUUGGAAAAAAUGGGUCUUUUAUAGGAAAAAAACUGGGAUAACUGAUUUCUAUGGCUUUCAAAGCUAAAAUAUAUAAUAUACUAAACCAACUCUAAUAUUGCUUCUUGUGUUUUACUGUCACAGAUUAAAUUACAGCUUUUAUGAAUGAUUAAAUUUUAGUACAUUUUCAUUUGGUUUGUGUGUUUUUGUUACUGUUCCACAGAUAAGGGAUUUUUUAAAAAAUAUGGACUGAUUUGUUUGAAAUGUAGCAAUAGCCCCUCCUUGCCCAGUACCUAUGUAAUAGUUGAUUUUAUACCUUAAUAGUAAUGGUUUCUCAAGGAACAUAUUCAGACUUACUGUUCUAAUGUAUUUAAUCCUAAUAUACAGUAAAAUACAUUGGGCUACAUUAAACCAUUUUGUAUAUUC